AUGGCGCUCAUACAGACUGCGUUCAUAUGGGUUGCCUAUGCUGUUGCUGUAGGCAUUGUUGCUCUCAUAGCAGCUAUUUUUGCCUAUACAUAUCAGACACCACGCGAUCGAUCAGCUCUGGUCUCUACAAUUACCAUCAUCACCUUGACCUCUCUAUUGGCAACAGUUUUACUCCUUCCUGUCGAUAUUGCCCUUGUUAGCUCUACGACAUCCUCGAAGCUCGGCGCAAAGAAAGACUGGGCCACUCCCGAGACUGUUCGCAACAUUCUCCUGACUCUCAAAAUCGUUUACUAUGCAUUGUACAGCUUGGAUGCCGUCUUAUGUCUUCUUGUCAUCCCAUUUACCUACUUUUUCUAUGAGGAAUACGAUGAAGUCGACACGGAGGAAGGCACACAGACACUUGGCCAGAGACUCCUAGGUGCUGCAAAAUACACAUUAUUUUUUGUCGUUCUUGUCGUAAUCUUAUUCCUGGUUGGAUUCUUUGCGCCUGUCGCAAGAGGCGGUGGAUCUGAUAUGGAUCUGGACUAUUUUAAACGCUUGCUAGCUGAAAACCACGGGGAGCGCGCCUUAACUUUCGCGCUGGGGCUAUUGAUUUCCUUGGGCACGCUGUUAUACAUCCUCUACACUUCUGUUGGAUUGGCAUUAUUACCCAUGUCUUUCAUCAAAUCUGCACCUUCAAUCAGUGCUCCACAGCUUUCAGAAACAACAGCAUCAGCUUUAGAGCAAAAUAGGGAACGUCAACGUCAACUUGAAGGACGAAACGUCGGAAGGAAUGCAGGAUUGUCGGCCAAGGAUCAGCGAGAAUUGGAAGCAUUACAUCGUGAAGAACGUACUUUGGUUCGACGCGAACGUCUAGCCGCGGAAGCUCGUGGAGAAGGGAAGAGCUUUAUUGUGAAAGCAUGGACCAAGACUUGCGCAAUCUUCAGGCCUCUCAAACUUGUGGGAGGGAUACUGCUCUUGCUUCUCUCUGUUAUCAUAUGGGCUUCUAUGCUCAUUACUGGAAUUGAUAAGGCGAAGAACUCAUUCUGCAAACAGCAUUGCGGUUAUAUCUUAGGGAGUAUCAAUAUCUUCCAACCCCUCAAUUGGGUUUUCGUCAAAUCCUCUAUAGUCUUCCCAAUUGACUAUGUCUUAAUGGCACUCUUAGUCCUGUUCCUCUUCAGCAGUUCAGUGACAGGUAUUGCCGUGAUCGGUCUUCGAUUCUUGUGGGUAAGGCUUUUUGAGAUACGAAAAGGCCACACCUCUCCUCAAGCUCUUCUCAUGGCAACUGUCAUGUUAACCUUGAUCAUUCUUGCAAUAAAUUACUCGAUUGCUAUGAUUAUUGCACCUCAAUAUGCUAUCUAUGGCGCUCAAACCUUCUGCACCAACCCUACUAGAUUUCCUGGCGACCAACCAGACUGCAGCAAUCACCCAGAAUUGAUCAAGACUUGUAGUGAGCUAUCUUCAGGCGAAGGUGCUGAAAAGGUCUGCACUCCUACAGUUGUCUCUACUUUCCUCAACAGAGUUACCGUCAACUUCCCAUUCUUCGGUGCUCUCGCAUUUUGGGCUCAGUUUGUUUUCCUCGCAAUCUUCUUGAUUGUCUUUGUCACUGCGCUAUUCCGAACUCCCAAGUUGGAUCUCAGCGAGCUGGAUGAGGAUGCUGAGGCGGAUGAGGAAGAGGGCCUUCUUGCUACUACUGGCCGAAGAUUCGGUGCGACAUGGCAGGAUAUCCGCGGUAAAGCCAAAAACCAGACUCCUAGCAGGGGUGCCGCUGGUCGAGGAAUUCGUGGUGAUGAUGAUCACGAUGAUGAUUAA